ACCACCGAAGUUGGAACACGCGCUCGCCCACAGGGAAGAAGAAGGACCUCCAGACGUCAGUUGAUCAUGGCGUUGAGCUGGAGAGCAGUCGUCAGUCUACAGAGGAAAACAACUGCCGCCACGGCCACAGCGUGUCUCUGAAAGUCAGCGACGUAUUACAGAGCACAUUAAUCUGCGUCUCAUCUUUUUUCUGCUGCCGCUUCAGGGACUCAACGUAACGUUACGCCGAAGAAAAGGGAAGCUGCGGAGCGGAGUUGACAGCUACCGACGUUACAGGCUUAACUAAUGUUUACCUGGACUAUUUGACCACGAUAUGUCUCAACCCUCUUCAGCCAACUAACAGUAACGGAAGCGGUGUGAGCUAGCAAUCGAUCCUGUCAAGCACUCGGGCUAUUUGGGUUAACUCCUCGUGCACUCAGACCUAUUAGCAAGUCGAUAAUAACACAACAUGAUUCAGUGAGCCGUUGGUCCUUAUUUGCUGAUUGUUAGUCAGCUCAGCUAAUAGCUUAAACCUAACUCACCUAAGGGGUGUCAGUCAUAUGCAUAUAUAAGUUUAUAUUGUUUUUAUACUCUGCUUGUAAAGCGUUAAGGAAAUGUCAGAUAACCAGAGCUGGAACUCCUCCGGUUCCGAGGAAGAUGUGGAGCCUAAAGAGGAGCCUGGACCUCUUGUUGGUAUCGUCGACUUGAGCGGAGUCCUCAGUAAAUGGACAAAUUACAUCCAUGGAUGGCAGGACCGUUGGGUGGUCCUGAAGAACAACACACUGAGCUACUACAAGUCUCAGGAUGAGACUGAGUAUGGCUGUCGGGGUUCCCUCUGCCUUAGCAAAGCUGUCAUUACUCCUCAUGAGUUUGAUGAGUGCCGGCUGGACAUAAGCGUAAAUGACAGCGUGUGGUACUUAAGAGCACAAGACCCAGAGCACAGACACCAGUGGAUUGACUCCAUUGAGCUGCACAGGGCUGAUUCUGGAUAUGGCUCAGAGUCCAGUCUGCGGAGACAUGGCUCCAUGCUGUCUCUCACAUCAGCCACCAGCGGCUACUCUGCCACCUCCACAUCCUCCUUCAAGAAGGGUCACAGCCUGAGAGAGAAGCUGGCAGAGAUGGAGACCUUCAGAGAUAUCUUGUGCAGGCAGGUGGACACGCUUCAGAAAUACUUUGAUGUCUGUGCGGACGCCGUGUCUAAGGAUGAGCUGCAGAGGGAUAAAAUCGUGGAGGAUGAUGAAGAUGACUUCCCCAAUACCCGGACAGAUGGAGACUUUCUGCAUAACAGCAGCAAAGAAAAAUUGUUCCUGUCCUUGAGUCCCAAGGGAAUCAAUGGCAUAGACUUUAAGGGUGAGGCCAUCACAUUCAAGGCCACCACUGCUGGGAUCUUGGCCACUCUGUCCCACUGCAUUGACCUCAUGGUGAAGAGAGAAGACAGCUGGCAAAAGAGACUGGACAAGGAGAUGGAGAAGAGGCGAAGAAUAGAGGAAGGCUAUAAAUCAGCACUCAAUGAGUUGAAGAAAAAGUCUCACUUUGGAGGUCCAGAUUAUGAGGAGGGUCCAAACAGUCUCAUAAAUGAGGAUGAAUUUUUUGAUGCAGUGGAAGCUGCUCUUGACAGACAGGACAAAAUAGAAGAACAGUCUCAAACUGAGAAGACAAGAAUACAGAGAUGCAGCCCAGUCCCCCCUGGAGAUGUGUAUUCCAGCGCUGGCACACACAGAUUCUCUGACAAGCCUCAUAGUCAGUCCUCCCCUGCUCUGAUAGUUAUGGCCCCUCCUCACGAUGUCCACAGAUUCAGUGCAGAGGUGGAGGAGAUGGUGCAGAAUCACAUGACCUACUCCCUGCAGGAUGUUGGUGGAGACGCCAACUGGCAGCUGGUUGUAGAAGAGGGAGAAAUGAAGGUGUACAGGAGAGAGGUGGAAGAAAAUGGGAUUGUUUUGGACCCGCUGAAGGCCACCCAUUCUGUAAAGGGGGUGACUGGUCACGAGAUCUGCCAUUACUUUUGGGACACUACCUACCGCAACGACUGGGAGACCACCAUUGAAAACUUCAAUGUUGUGGAGACACUGUCAGACAAUGCAACAAUUGUUUAUCAAACGCACAAGCGGGUGUGGCCUGCAUCUCAGAGGGACGUGUUGUACCUGUCUGCCAUGAGAAAGGUUCUGGCCAACAAUGAGAAUGACCCAGACACCUGGUUGGUCUGCAAUUUCUCUGUGGAUCACGACGAUGCACAGCUAACCAGCAAGUGUGUCCGUGCCAAAAUCAACAUCGGCAUGAUCUGUCAGACCCUGGUCAGCCCCCCAGAGGGAGAUAAAGAGAUCAGCAGAGACAACAUCCUGUGUAAAAUCACCUACGUCGCCAAUGUGAAUCCAGGGGGCUGGGCUCCUGCCUCCGUGCUCAGGGCCGUGGCUAAGAGGGAGUACCCGAAGUUCCUCAAACGCUUCACCUCCUACGUCCAGGAAAAAACUGCUGGCAAACCCAUCUUAUUCUGAGGCUCACAGUGUUGAGACAUGAGGACAGAACUGCACGUGAGGCUUUGAGGACGUACUAUCUGGUGCUCUGCUGCCGUUCCUCAUAGUUAUUUCUUCCUUCCCAGUUCUUAGCUACAAGUUAGUUCCACUAGGGGAGGAAGGGUCAAAAUGGUGCCCUCUGGUGGCUGCAUUCCAACAUUUGCUGGACAACCCUUGGCCUGAGAGACAUUCAGAUGAAAAUUAGUGAAAAUAUAUCCUGUUUUGUUUUCCUACUACAUUAUGGUUUAAUUAAUACUACUAACUUUCUAAAUAUAAAAUACUAAAUUGCUGUUAUUCAUAAGGAAGAUAUUUUUCAUUGUCAAUUAAAUAAAACGGUAAGAGUUUGUGUCCUGAGAUGAAUGCAUCCAGCAGUGGGCCCAGUCUACCUUCCCUCCCCAUGAAAGUUCUUGCAGCAGCUCCUGAUGCCACAGUUGACUCCAUCGUUCAUGCUCACGUAGAAGACUGACUUGUAAGAGUAGCAAACAUGUCAGGUACAGAUAUAUUAAUAUAUAAAUGUAUGUAUGUUCUAUAAGAGGUUUGUAAAAAGAAACAGAUCUUUGCUAAUAGACUGAAAUAUUUUAUUCUUGCCAUUUAUAGCUCAUUGUGCUAGUUAGAAAAACAUCAUUGAUUGACAUGAGAUGAAUAUUUGUAUUAAGUCCAGAGGGCUGUCAUCAACUCAUGACCCCUAUGAUAAGGGACUUGACCUUUCUGACUCCGUCGCUCUCAUGAAAACACCUCUCGUUGGUGCUGAUGGAGGGACAACCCGAGAGAAGUGUGUCAUAUAUUUAAUGUACAUUAUUUGCUUGGCUUUAUAUUUGUGUUAUUGUACAUGUUGUAGUGUCAUAGCACAUAUUUUGAAUGUUUAAUGAAUUGUAAAUAGUGUCACUAAAAUUUCUCUGAAGGUCUGAAAAUUGUUGGACUACAGUCAAGCCCAAAUGCCUUAGUGUUACAGAAAAGUAUAGUUUAAGAUGGAAUAAAGGGUGCUGUUAGUGCACCUAUGAAAUCACUAGAAAGUGCCUCAUGGCUAAAUUCCCCUUAUUAUGCUCUCUUCUCCCCUAAAAUUGGUCCUGCAAUAUAUUCACUGAAUGAACAAACAAGGGCUCCCACAGAGGGCUAGCAGGAUACUUUUUUCUAAGUGCUAGUAUUAUGAAGACUUAAGAUUCAUUUCAGUUUAAGACUUGCCGCCACAACCUUUCUGUCAGUGUGCCUGGUAUUCGUUACAUACAUGUGCUGUGUACUGGCAGUUAAAGUGCUGAAACCAUUCUGUUGAUGUAGGUAAGUUAGGUCUCUGUAUCACGUAUCAUCUGUCUAAAAGUGUUGCUGAUCAAGGGCAGGGCUGCAAAGUCCAGAGUUUAGGAUCUACUCUGUUUAAGGACUUAAGUUGUUUUUUCUAGGAAUGUUGUAAUUGCAAUUCCUUGUUUUAUUUGCUAACAUUUCCUAAAACCGUAACCCUGAACUUUGCAGUUUUACAGGUGACGCAGGACGUUUGAGGCAUGCAUAAUUUGGUUUAAGAACUAAAUACAUUUUAGUAUGACUUCCACCUAUGGACAGCACAAAAUGUUGGGUCAUAGCAAUGAUGAUAGAUUUAUAGCUAUUUUAUCAGUCACCACUCUUGAGCCUUUGGUCUUUUUAGAGCUUAUAAGCAGAGGGAUGUGGAUGACAGUGAAGCCAGAUGAUACUCUGCCUCUGAGCUAAGUGGAAAGAAGCUGGGCUGAGACCCAUUCACAUAAAGCAGACAUUUCUAAAACUAUUUUUUUGUUAGCAAAACUGAAUGUAAGUAGAUACAUUUUGUGUAAAUAAUUUGUUCAUACUAAUGCAGUGGGGUCAUCUUAUAAAAUGUACUGUUGACAGUGUCGCAUCUGAUCUGCACUGUUUUUAAAAAGUGAAAUAAAUAAGUUUAUCCACAGUC